AUGCAAGUGUUCUACAAGUUUCGGUCGGAAAGAGACUUCAGCAAGAUAGAGACAGACAGGCCAGCCAUGCCCCUGUGGGAGCUCAAGGCAGAAAUAGCAUCAAAGCGGUACUUAACUCUGCAUGACUACCAUCUAAUCUUCUAUGUUGACAACGAAAAGACUCCCAUCACAGAUAACUAUGCUACAAUUUACACAAACACAAACAUAGUAAUAGAGAGAGUGCCCAACCACAUAAACGCAGGGUAUAAGGAGGCGCUGGAAAAAAUGAAAAAACAGCCAGAAGAGCAGGCCAAGCAGCCAGAGGAAGCCACAAGUAUCUCCAUGCAGAGCACCCAGGGGGCAAAGGUGCCUCCCUCAUCGUACAUAUGCUUCAGGUGCGGACAAAAAGGCCACUUCAUCCAGAUGUGCCCAACGAACAACAAUAAGCAAUAUGAUGCCAUGCGAAUCAAGAAAGCAACAGGCAUUCCCAAGACAUUCUUGGUGCCUGUGGAAGAGUCAUCACCCACAUCCGUGCUUCUCAAUGAAGAGGGCAAGUUUGUCAGGGCGCAGCCGCAGAUAAAGGAGUUCUCAAAGAGGUUCAAGCCCAUGGGAGAGCGGUCUAAGACACCAAGUGAGUUUCUGUGUCCCCAGUGCAACAGUAUGAUCGUUGAUGCAGUCAAGCUCAAGUGCAAGCACACAGUUUGCGAGUACUGUGUGUCAAAUAGAUGCCCUGUCUGCAAUAAGAAGUCAUCAGGUGUGACGAUCGAUAGCAAAAUGAGAAAGAAGAUAGAAAACUUCCUGGAGAACAGCAAGCUGUAG